AUGAUGGAGCCCACUAUCGAUACUGAGUUGCAGCAACUUCAGCUACAUGAAAAUGGAGGGAUACGAAUUAUUGACAUGUCAGGGACGCUUUUGGACCAAAGCUACAUUGUGCAGAUGUGGCUAUUAACCCAUUGUAUCUUUGUGUGGAUGGGUCCGGCAACGGACAAGCCUUGCUUAGGAUCGCUGUCAACUGCCAUAACAACGCGCUAUAGUCCCAUGCCGCUCAUAACGUCUAUCUUGGGGGCUCCGGAGAUGGAGGAACAACAGAUUGCACAAAAACUUACGAGACGCACUGGACGACAAUGUUUCGUUUCAUGUCAACUACCUGAUCAUAUUCCUGAGCUCGUUGCAUACGUUGAAAAUCAAAUCACAAAGCGAUUGAUAGACGAAGGCAUUAUAAUAAUCAAAUUCGAGAAGAUGCUAUCGACAGCGCCUAUGGACGAUGCCAUUCACACGCUGAGCAAGGAAUUGGCAAACGAUAAAAGUGUAUCUCACAUCGGCAAGACGGAGGCGGAAAAAGAGCUUUUAGCCCAAUAUGCAAACAUAGGCCGGCGCCGUGGUGUCUUAGGUUUCACUUUUGGUUCGUCGAUCAUGGCAGGAUUAUGGAUAUUGUCCAAAAAUCGAAAGAAAGUGGUGGGUGCGUUCGCAAUGAUUUCUGGAGGUUUCUUUGGAGCUUCGUAUGGCAUCAUCAGUAUCCGUCGCGAUCUGUUCUCAGACCUUCUGAUACUGCCAUCAGACAAGUCACCGUUUGCAGCUCGAGCGAGGACCAUUCUACAGACCAAAAUUCCCGAUAAUCCAUUCGUGCAGGAGCUUCACGACAGGUUCAAACGUUCAGCGGCAGCUGUUGAUUCGUGGGACGAAGGAUCAACUGUGGCUGAGGGCUCUGACUUUCAGUCAGCAAGUCUUUCUCGCCAUAAUAAUAUCGAAAACUCAACUAGCAUUCCCCCAAUAUCUGGUCUCGAUACUCUUCGCAACAAGAAAAAUAAAUACGAUGAAGACCUUGAGACAUUCAAAGAAGAUGAUCACAUGAAAAGCCGCUCACCAUUUUUUUUUGGAAUGAAAUCGGAUAAAGCUGAAGACUAUGAUCUCUCAAUGUCUCAUGAUCCAAAUAUGCCUUACUCACGGAACACACACCACCCAUACUCCGACAAGAAUUCGUCAACAUUGCGCCAUGAUGAAGACGACUACUUUUUUGGUUUGCCCAACGAAAAGGAUACUCCAGUGAAAUCGACGACGUGGGACGAAAUCCGACGUCGAGCUGCUAAACAAGACAAAUAA